AACCGAUAAAAUCUAUCAUAGAUAGCAUGUGCUGUUGUUGAUUGACAAUCGAAAUCACGGCAUGGCAAAAGUGGCCGAACCGAGUUCUUUGCCUCCUCGAAUCGGCGUGGUUAAGAGAAAGACGCCAUCAGAACUUAGGGGAGAACAGUUGAAACGGGCAAGUGUUAUGCACUUUACUGAUGAAUCUCCAUCCCCAUUGCGUGAUUCUACUUCUACAGACAACAGUGAGAUGGAUAAUGUGCCUAAAAGACCAGGAUUGUCAAAGAACCCAAGAUACAUCAACACACGCCUUCGUGAAGUAUUUCCUGCCAAAAAGUCCAGAUUUAGAAUUUUAUCUGGAAAAGAAAAUGCAAAGGAAAUUCCAUCUAUGGAGAAAACUAGUAACUCAGAGAAUCUUAUGGUUUUUUCAAAUUUGGCUGCCCAGAGACAGCGGGGAAUUUCGUGCUUGGACUUGGAGGGUUGUGCUGCUUCAAAUGAAGUUAGCAAAGAUGAUGUAUUGCAAGCUUGUCAAACAAUUGCAAAGUGCAGCCAAGGAAACUUUCUUAGUGUUGCUGAGCUUUCAUCAGCUGCUCAUAAAUCUUCUGGCUUGUCAGCUAUUGAUAUGGGUAAAGCAUUAAGAGGAAUGGCUGCACUUGAACCAAGAAUCGAUAAUGGUUUAGCUGCUGAUUCAUCAGAAAGAUGUGGAAAUUUGCCACCAACCUUUGGAGGCAAUUUCGUCUCUGAAUGCCAUCUACCUGGCCAGAAAGCUCCUCUGGAUCUUACUUUAAAAACCAGUAUGCGGAUAAUAUCUUCCUCUUCUGUGAAUUGGUCACUUAUGCGUGGUACCAUGCCACAAUUCUCCUUCCAGCAAUGUCCUCGUAAGGGUCAAAAUAUGAGAGGUACAUGGGGGUUUAAAGAUUUGCACUCAUGGGUGUAUCCUCAAUCCAUCCUACCACCUUCUUUGACAUCAGUGUUGAGCUCAUCAACAGAAGAUAGAGAAUUGGAGUUCUUAAGGAAACGACAAGUGAUUUGGGAAGAAUCCUUCCGGGGCCUCUAUCACAUGCUUCGAAGUUGCACUUGUGGCAUCUUUUAUGUUUGCACAUCUCAGUUUGUGGUGAUGUUUACCGGUGGUGAUGGCUCUGGGAGUUCCAAAUGCUUGUGCAAUGCUUAUAUCUCUCGGUCAACCAGAGGUUUGAGGUUAUUGUUGAAAGAGAAUGAUGUUUACUUCUCUAUGCCUCUUUGCCAUUCUAAAGUGGAGCAAGUCACUACUGAUGAUCUGGUUGAGCUCUCAGAGAUAGAGAAGCAAAAUCUGGGGCAGACUCCACGACUAAGAUCUUUCUCUGAUGUUGAUAAUACUCCACAAUCUUUGCUCGUUUUCAGUGGCAACAGGAAUGUACAUGGUUUAUAUGACAUUUUGCUAAAUUACAGAUCUUUCAUUUCCUCACUGUCUGGUAUGGACGUACCUGUAUUGUGCUCUCCUGUGCCAUUUCAGAAUGCUGCUUUGUCUUCUCCUGAUAUUAAAUUCAUGGAGAUGAGAAAAGCUGAACAUAUUGCUGCCUCUUAUAAUGGAUCGAUUUGUAAAACUGGUGAAUCUGCACAAGGUUCAUCAGAUAGCCUUUGUUGUAGCAUUGAAAUUAAGGAUGCAUUUCUUCCACCAUGGAUUAUUUGUGGUGUGUGUACCUUGCUGGGCUCUGAAGGAAGAAACUUUGAGGCAAG